GUUCCCCUCCCCUCCCGCCGCCAUGUUCUGAGCCGGAAUCCCAUCUCCUUGGAAAGGAAAAAUAAUAACAAAUGUAAAUGACCUUUCUUCAGUGAAAUAAAAGGGCAGUUCCGGGCAUCGAGGAGUCUGGUAUUCGAGUGGUCCCGGACGGAAGGGACAGUUUUAUGGUGUCUGCGCUGGGGGGGAGAAGCCGGUAGCUGGUCUGGUGCUCAGUUUUUGAUGUGAUCUACUCCAGGACACAAGGUUUAUUUUGGGAAAAGUUGAUUAGACAUUGACUAAUUUUGAUCUGCUAUGACUCCACAGAUUUAUUAGGAGCAGGGAUGGCUUAAUAGGAGCCUGGCAUAGUUUUGUGGGUCCAAGUUGCUCGCUCUUGAUCAGAUGAUGGUAGAAAUAAUAAACUAAGAUUUGAUCUCGAGUGGAUUACAAGAACAGCAGUGAUACCAAAGAAUUGUACAUAAACUGUAAUAGUGAAGCUUACCAUGGAUGAAGACGGACAACAUAGUUUGGAAUGUAUCCAAGCCAAUCAAAUCUUUCCUAGAAAAAAACUAAUUAGAGAAGAAGAAAACCUCCAGGUUCCAUUCCCAGAACUUCAUGGAGAAAGUACAGAAUAUAUAGGACGUGCUGAAGAUGCAGUUAUUGCUUUGUCUAAUUAUAGAUUACACAUCAAAUUUAAGGAAUCACUUGUGAAUGUUCCUUUGCAACUAAUUGAAAGUGUUGAAUGCCGUGAAAUGUUCCAGCUUCAUUUGACUUGUAAAGAUUGCAAAAUUAUCAGGUGUCAGUUUUCUACCUUCGAACAAUGUCAAGAGUGGGUAAAGCGUUUGAAUAAUGCUAUACGACCUCCUACAAAAAUAGAAGACCUGUUUGCCUUUGCUUACCAUGCUUGGUGUAUGGAUGUAUAUGCCAGUGAAAAAGAGCAACAUGGAGACCUGUGUCGACCAGGUGAGCAUGUUGUUUCAAGAUUUAAAAAUGAAGUGGAACGAAUGUGUUUUGAUAUGAAAAAUGCAUGGAGGAUCACAAAUAUCAAUGACAAAUACAAGUUAUGUGCCAGUUACCCACAACAAUUACUUGUACCAGCUUGGCUAACUGAUAAAGAGCUUGAAAGUGUUGGAAACUUUAGAUCAUGGAAAAGAAUUCCGAGUGUUGUCUACAGACACCAGGGUAAUGGAGCAGUGAUUGCCCGCUGUGGUCAACCAGAGGUCAGCUGGUGGGGCUGGAGGAACGCAGAUGAUGAACACCUAAUACAAUCUGUUGCAAAAGCUUGUGCCAUGGAUAGCAACUCCCUGAAACAUGUCAGUGGCAUUUAUAUGCGUGAUUGUCCUAAUGGCAGUGACCUCUCUGAUGGAGAAUUUGAUUCUUCAAUGACUAAUACAACUGGAGUAGAAAAUAUAUGCAAUCCGCCACACAAACUUUUAAUAUUAGAUGCAAGGUCAUAUGCAGCAGCUGUAGCUAACAGGGCAAAGGGUGGUGGAUGUGAAUGUCCUGAGUAUUAUCCCAACUGCGAAGUAGUGUUCAUGGGUAUGGCAAAUAUUCACUCCAUUCGGAAGAGUUUCCAGUCAUUGAGAUUUCUCUGUACUCAAAUGCCAGACCCUGGAAACAGUUGGUUAUCAGCAUUAGAAGGUACCAAGUGGCUUCAGCAUCUAUCCAUGCUCUUAAAAGCAGCAGUACUUGUAAUUAAUGCAGUCGAUCGAGACCAGCGGCCUGUUUUAGUGCACUGCUCUGAUGGCUGGGACAGAACACCACAGAUAGUGGCUCUAUCAAAAUUACUGCUGGAUCCUUAUUACAGAACAAUUGAGGGCUUUCAGGUACUGGUGGAAACAGAAUGGCUAGAUUUUGGUCACAAAUUUGCUGAUCGGUGUGGCCAUGGAGAAAACUCGGAUGACUUUAAUGAACGCUGUCCUGUAUUUCUUCAAUGGUUGGAUUGUGUCCAUCAGUUACAGAGGCAGUUCCCUUGUUCAUUUGAGUUUAAUGAAGCAUUCCUUGUUAAAUUGGUGCAGCAUACAUAUUCUUGCCUUUUUGGAACAUUCCUGUGCAACAGUGCAAAGGAGCGUGAAGAGAAACACACUCAGGAAAGAACCUGUUCUGUUUGGUCCCUACUGAGGCCUGCCAACAAAGCCUUUAAAAAUCUCCUAUACACUUCACAAUCUGACACUGUAUUGCAUCCAGUGUGCCAUGUAAGGAAUUUAAUGCUUUGGAGUGCAGUGUACAUACCGAAUUCAUCUCCCUCAACACCUGCUGAUGACCACUAUGCCCCUUAUCCAGUUCCAAGGUCCAUUCCUGAAGAACAGACGUUGGGAAGGUUACCAAAGACUAGAUCAUUUGACAACCUGACAACUGUUUGUGAUAACCCUGGGCCUACAGCAAAUAGACGCUCCAGUGAUCCAAGCCUAAAUGACAAAUGGCAGGAGCAUCGCAAGUCAUUGGAACUUAAUAGUGUCGGAUUAGGAGGAAUGAUGGAUGGGAAUGUACUGGAUGAUUCCUACAGCAAUGAAGCACUGAAAUUGGGAAAAAACCCAUUAGAAGCUGAACUUUCUGUUGCUGCUGGUGUUGGAGAAGGACAAAUAGAGAAUAUUUUACAAGAAGCGUCAAAAGAAGAUGGUACAUUGGAGGAACAAUCAAAGGAUGUGACAACAAUAGAACUAAAACAAGAAGUAAAUGUAUUAAGUAGUGAAAGUGAUCUUGAUACUGGCUUGAGUAACCAUUUGGUAACUGACUCUUCAGAAACUUUAGCAACUAAUGAAAUGGAAAAUGCUGAACCUGAUUCUGGGCUUGUUACAAGCUCAGAAGAAGAGACACAGGAGGGCUUCUUGGAUUCCGUUAAUCAUACUCAAGUAGAUGUAAGAGAUGUUGCAGCAGAUUGCCCAUCAGGUAAUGCAAAACCAUGUGCUGCAACAGAGGACUUUGACCCACAUAUUGAACCAGAAAGUCACUUUACUACACCUCAACCUUGUUUAUCACAUUUAAUUGCUCCAGACAAACUGGAGGAGAAAAUAUCUACUUUGGAAAGUUCUACAGAAACAUUAACGGAAGAUGGAGCAAAGCAGGAUGUGCCACAAACCUACUCUAAUAAACUUCAUCUAAAUACCAGGGCCAAUGGUACAUUGGUAACUGCUACAGACUCUAAUUUUUCUCAGUUUUUGCCUGUAAACCAGGAUACAAUAGUGAAAUCCAGAUCAACGGAUACAAACAGGACUUCAGUUAAAAGCAUUCAGAGUACGCAACCUCCUCCUUGUGCCUUGUCAUUCAGUGAAUGUAAGGAUGGAUUUACUCCUAAUGGAGAACUGAUCAAUGAAAAUGCAGUAAUUGAGAAAGCAAUGGACUUUGGGACCGGUGCUCAAAGAAAUAUCACAGCUAAUGGACUCUGCAUAAAUGGAGAUGAAGUAAGAGGGAAAAUGGUGUUAAGUAGGCAGGUUUCUGCAGCAAGUUGUAGUUCUUUGCAGUUUCCAUCUGGCCAUUUUAGAAACCCUCAGAUCAAGUGGUGUCACUACUAUUCUGGAAAGCAGCAGCCAAUAACGAGUCCAGAUCAACCUACACGAAGCCACUUGGAUGAUGAUGGACUGCCCACAUACACUGAUGUUAUACAACAACGACUUCGUCAGAUGGAGACAGGUCAUCAACAAGAAGUAGAAACUUUGAAAAAGCAGGUACAAGACCUAUGGAGCAGGUUGGAAUGCCAGCAUUUUAGCAAUUCUUCACUGCGUUUUAAUGGGGAGUUUAGUGAUGAAGUGACCUCAAUCCCAGACUCGGAGAGCAAUGUGGAUCAUAAUUGUUUAUCUCGCUGUAGCACGGAAAUAUUCUCUGAAACUAGUUGGGAACAAGUGGAGAAACAGGACACAGAGGUAACUCGAUGGUAUCCUGAUCAUUUGGCUUCACAGUGCUACGGAUGUGAAAGUAGAUUCUGGCUAGCCAGCAGGAAACAUCAUUGCAGGUUGGACGGACUAGAAAUAUUUAGAGGAUGCAGAGAAUAUUGCCUCUUGUGAGAGCAUCUAAAACUGGGUCGCUGUUCAAAAGUUACAGUGAGGCUGUAUUUGGAAUUCUUUUUCGAAUGGCAGAAGAAGCAAAACCUUUCAAGGCUUGAGGUACAGGGAGAUAGAUUCUUAAAAAGCGAGGAGGUGGAAUGUUACUGGGGUAAGUGGCAAUAAUUCAAGAUUGUAAUUUCUGUACAAAAGUGUAAGGAGAACGAUGAUUGUUAUUCUGGAUCCAAUGAAGUGCAAAAAAAUCCCACAAAAGAUAAAGAACACAAUAAUAAAACAACACGUACAGGUAAGUAUCUUGUAUUGAUCAUGUAACGUCAUAAAGUGACGUUAGGCUGUACAUAAGGUGACUGACAGUGAAAUAAAGUGGUGCUGGAGUUAAUGAAGGUGCAGAUGCUAGAGAUUCCAGUCAGAUCAGUAUGAUCUCAUUGAAUUACCAAGCAGGUUCAAGAGACUAGGUGAUAGUACUACACAAGUUUUGUGCAAGUUUCAAAACUCAUUUUGGCACCUUCCCUUUUUUUGCAUCUUUACUAUUUCCCUCUAUCUGCCUAAAGAAAUUCCAUCUCACCUCAGUUCUGAAGGAUUGUCCCUUUUAUUCUGAGGCUGUGCACUUGAUUCCUUGAUAUUCCUCCUAUUGGAAACAUCCUCAUCAUGUCCAUUCUAUACAAGUCUUUCUUUGUCCAGUACCUUUCCUUCCAUAAUAAUCAACCAUAAUACUGCUGCAGCAACUUGCUCCAUUUUGAAAUCUUGGGCAUUCUGAUCAUUGCUAACUUGUGCAAGGCUUAAUUUACCUUCUAAAUCUUUUCCAUCACAAAGACUUGCACUACUCCUUUCAUAUCUCAACAACUUAUGACAUUUGCCAUCAUUCUUGUAUGUUCCACUAACAUUGAUAUUUUACAACUGCUCAACACCUCAAACCCUUUUCACUUUUCUGAUUCCUGCCUUUAAACCUUUUUCAAAGUCGUAAGUUUCAAACACGACUCCCCACCCACGGUGAGUGAACUUGAAGUUAUGCCUUAUACAGCACAUUGUAAUGCUUUCUUCAUUUAAAAAGAUGGCAAGAAUGUUGCUUAAUAGAAUUAAUUUCAUCUUUAAGAUUGACAUUGUUGUUAACAUAUGGAAUUAUUUCAAAUAUACAUCUCUCAUUGUAAAGUUGCUGCAUGUGUUUUUCAUUUGUUUGUAUCCCCUGCUGUUGCCCUGCUGAUUUACACCUUUUCCUUAGCUAGUUUCCCUCUGAGCUCUUUUUUCCGUCUUGCAGGGACAGGGAGCCUGUUGAUGACAAAUGGUGAGCAUUUUCAACAGUCUUCUCUGUCUCUUGUUUGUCUUCAUUCCUGGUGAUAUUUAUUUUAAAACAUUUACUUGUGCCUUAUUAACUGAACAUCUCAAACAAUUGGUGCUUGUUGAUUGUACAUUGAUUAAAUUCAAAUUAAAUUUUCCAGAAGAAAUGUACAAUGUUUUAUAGGCCAUCUAUCCAUACCAAAGCUGAAAAUUUUUUAAUUUGCUGCCCAGUAAACCAGUUGACACCUAUGUUUAUUACUUCUCCUGUUUGCACAUAUGUAAUUACAUUGAUAGAAAUCUUGUCAAUAGUUUUCUGUUAAGCUCAGGAUAUGUAUAUGAUUUUGCCAUUUCAUCACAUUGUGCUUUUAAUCAGCUUGACAACCAAAGUCAUGCAACGUAAAGAUGUCUUCUGCCUCUAAUUAAAACUUGGUUUAUCUAUACACAAUCUGAAUAUGAUCUGUUAAAAAUAUUUUUGCACAUUUCCCAAGAAUUGAGAUGGAAUUAAAAAGUUACAGUAACCUGUUCACUGGCAAAAUAUCAUUUCAUGUCACUCUUUUGUCUGUCUUUAAAAUAUUAAUUGUCUGCUUUCUUUUUUUAAAAAAAAGAGCUGCUGAAUAUUGGUGGACUGCACGUUAGUUUUAUAAAUCUUUUAUUUGCCGGUUGUCUUUAUUGUAGAGAAACCAUUAUUGCCAUAAAGUUGGUUUUCUAAACUAGUUGCACUGUAAGCUUCAUUUAUCAACUGACCUAAUCACAUUUAUGCUCACCAUCUGAUAUCUUAGUAGUGAAAACUUGGAAUUUGUUUUCUUAAACUGUUUCAAAUAUUAAAAGGCUGUAGGUUUGUCAUCCAAUGUAAAUUAUGUGCAAGAUUUAUACUGAAGACAUCAUUAAACAUGAAUAGUUAAUUAAACACAACUGUUUCUUGAGUUUCUAUGGAACAUUUGGAAAACUUUGGAUUCUAAUUGAAACAAAUUAACUACUGAAAUAUUAUUGCAUUUAAAAUAUUUAAGACUAUGAAGUAUACAGCACAAAAUUGGACUUUUUCAUCAGAUUAAUUGGUGAAAAUAGAUUUUCAAACAUUACUCAAACUUUUGAUCUGAACUGUUAAUUCAAUUGCAUUAUGGACAUCUGACUUGGGACUUGUAAAUUGAAAAUUACAUUAUUUAGUAAUUUUUUUUCAAUUUAAAACGAUCAAAACCCUACAGGAAAAUGUUACAUCUUCAUAACAAUAGGUUCCCUCAAUAGAUUCCUGUGACUUCUUCACCUCCCCCUUCAGACUAGGUUUGCAGAUGUGUAAAUAGAGUACAUAAUCCUGUGAUGUUUGAACUAUUCAUUGGAAUGGAAAAGGUGAGAGUUCUCAGUAGAAAUAUAUUUUUCUGGAUUGGAUUCUAAUUAUUAAAAAGUUUUGUUUUCAUCUUGAACUAACAGCUAUGCAAUGGUUUCAGGCUUUCAUUGGUGAAAACAAGUGUUUUUUUUCAUUGACAUAACUUACUUUGAAUUUUUGAAGAACAUAAUUUCACUUGAGACAGUUUGUCCUUCAGUUUUCUUUAUAAAAAUUUUGCAUAUGUUGCUAAUUGUUGAAAAUUUGAAUACUUGGCAGAAAUUCAGCAUUCAAUGUUGUAAUAUUGUGGUUGGGUAUAUGUUGAUUGCAAAUUUAUUAUCGAAAAUAGAAUUCAAUGUGCAGCCCUACUUCAUGUGCAUAGAGCAAGCAACCAAAGAGAAAUGUUUCCCCAUUAUUUUUUUUAAAGAAGUUGAACUUAUCAAUAUUUGUCUCAGUAAGUUUAAUGUUGAUUAUAGAGUGAUGAAACAAGAAUUUAAUUAUCAAUCUGCCCGUUUGUUUUUUUUUU